AUGUCGGUUCAGUCCCAAGCCCGCACGGUUCUCCUCGAAACAGUCGUUCUCCAAGUCGUCGACGAUAAUGGGCACGUUUUCCAAGCCCGAGCUCUUCUAGAUUCCGCUUCGAUGUCGCAUUUCAUGUCCAAAGAUCUUGCGAACCUGCUCUCCAACUCCCAAUCCAAGGUUGAUGUGUCCGUAGCUGGAAUCGGACAAUCCCACCGGAAGAUCAAGCUUGCAGUAACCACCACAAUCCAGUCAAGAGUCGCGUCUUUCUCUACGAAGUUUCAAUUCCUCGUUAUCGAGCAUCCCACGGCUGACCUACCCACCAUGUACGUCCAAAUCUCUUCGUGGAACCUCCCUAAUGUGCAGUUGGCUGACCCUGCGUUCCACAUUCCCAACAAGAUUGAUUUGGUAAUCGGUGGUGAGGCGUAUUGGGACCUACACACCGGGAAGAAACUUGACCUAGGCCCAGGUCUCCCCUACAUCAUCGAGACGUACUUCGGUUGGACAUUCUGCGGUUCAACUUCCCAAGAUUCCUCCAACUCAAUGGUGUGUACCAUAUCCAGCACUGAUGCCCUGUUGGAUGCAACUCUACAAAGGUUUUGGGAGAUCGAGACGACUCCGAACCAUUCCGUCCAUUCCAGCACGGAGAAGGCCUGCGAAGAGCUCUAUGCAGCAACAAUAACUCGUGACUCUACCGGGCGAUAUGUAGUUCGCCUACCCAAAACGGAUAAUCCGGACGUCUUCUUGGGAAAUUCGGAAUCCAUCGCCGAACGCCGAUUCCUCAGCUUAGAACGCCGUCUCGAGCGUGACCCCAGCAUGAAAUCAUCCUAUCACCAAUUCAUGGAGGAGUAUGAGCGUCUCGGUCACAUGAUACAUCUGAACGAACCCGUGGACAACUCGAUUCCACACUGUUAUCUCCCGCAUCAUCCCGUAUUCAAGCUAUCGAGUACCACCACGAAGACGAGAGUCGUGUUUGAUGCAGCGUGCAAGACCGCAUCGGGAUAUUCCUUGAAUGACCUCCUACUUGUCGGACCUGUCGUUCAAGACGAUUUGUUGUCACUCAUCAUGCGCUUUUGUUUCUACCCCAUUGCCCUGAACGGUGACGUCGAGAAGAUGUACCGUCAGAUGCUUCUCCACAAGGCAGACCGACCGUACCAGAGGAUCAAAUGGCGUACUGAUGCAUCCCAACCGAUAGCUACCUACCGUGACCUACGGCACUGCUUCUGCCCCAUAUUUGGCCACAAAAACUCUCCAAAAAUUGGCGAGUGA